AUGCUCAUGGAGUCACCUUACCACACUGGGAAUGCGAUUCUUAAGGUACCUCCACAUUAUUUCAACGCGACCAUUACCUAUAGAAGGGACUCGCGCUAUUUCCAUCCGUAUGGGUAUUUUGUACAACGGACGGGUGAGGAGAAAGCAAACGAUGUGAUCACCAACGAGCAGCUGCUGGCUGGAGUUAAGAGGAAAAAAAGAGGUUCACUUAUAUUUGUCUCGAACUGCAAAACUCCUUCGAAACGAGAAGACCUAAUCAAAGAACUUGGAAGAUUCACACCGAUAACUGUUAGAGGUGCUUGUGAAAGUUGGCUUUCCGUCGGCGAAGAAACGAGAUCGUAUUCAUGCAAGGAAGACUGUGAUGAAGAAAGUCUAAUAGCUACUCAUCGAUUCUAUAUUUCAUUCGAGAACAGUAUCUGUAACGACUACAUCACGGAAAAAUUCUUUAUGCGAAUCUCUCAAAUGCUUAUACCAAUCGUUGUAAAAAGACGAAUUUAUGAAGACGCUGGUAUUCCGUGGGGAUCAUUUAUUGCUCUGGAUGAUUUUGGAAGUAUGAAAGAGCUAGGAGAUCGUCUAAGAGUUUUACAGGCUAACGACACGGAGUACUUAAAAUAUUUCGAGUGGACAACGCAUUUCCGUAAACCGGCUGCUUACAAAGGAGAUGCGUUAUGCAAACUUUGCGAAGAUAUCUAUCACAAGAACGAAUUCCACAUUGAUGACAUUGUCACAUAUUAUAAAGACGGCCAGUGUCAGGAAUCUUAG